AAAGUUGAACGAUUUUCAUUUUGUUGUCUUUUGUGCUAAGCAGGAGAGUGGAGCCCGAUCAAGCAGCAGCGUCUCUUCCCUCUUCCCCGAAUCCUUUUAAAAUUCCCUCCCGAACCUCUCCCCUUCUACCCUCCCCUUAAACACACCUCACGGGACUGUUCGGCUAUUGUAAGAUGAAUGGACUAACUGCAAGUUGCUCUGGAAUCUGUUAAAUGACCAAAUACUACUUCUUGGCGAAUAUAGACUUCAAACACUACAACAACUAUGGACACCGGUGUGAUUGAAGGAGGGCUCAAUGUCACCCUAACCAUUAGACUCCUUAUGCACGGAAAGGAAGUUGGAAGCAUUAUUGGAAAGAAAGGAGAGUCUGUGAAGAAGAUGAGAGAGGAGAGUGGCGCUCGUAUCAACAUCUCUGAGGGGAACUGCCCAGAGAGGAUCAUCACCCUGGCAGGCCCCACCACCGCCAUCUUUAAAGCCUUUUCCAUGAUCAUCGAGAAGCUGGAGGAGGACAUCAGCAGCUCGAUGACUAACAGCACGGCCACCAGCCAACCGCCAGUCACCCUGCGCAUCGUUGUGCCUGCCAGCCAGUGUGGCUCCCUCAUCGGCAAGGGCGGCUGCAAGAUCAAAGAGAUCAGAGAGUCGACAGGAGCUCAGGUACAGGUGGCAGGGGACAUGCUGCCUAACUCCACAGAGCGUGCCAUCACCAUUGCAGGGACCCCCCAGUCCAUCAUCGAGUGUGUCAAGCAGAUCUGUGUCGUCAUGCUCGAGGUAUCUCCGCCUAAGGGUGUAACCAUCCCUUACAGGCCCAAACCCUCAGGCUCUCCUGUCAUAUUUGCGGGAGGUCAGGCCUACGCUGUCCAAGGACAGCACGCCAUUCCACAGCCUGACGUAAGUGAAGGUCAUUCUCUUACUAAACUCCACCAGCUGGCCAUGCAGCAGAGCCCUUUCCCCAUCGCUCCCAACAACCAGGGUUUCCAGGCUGGGAUGGAUGCUUCUGCACAAACUGGUUCCCAUGAGCUGACCAUUCCAAAUGAUUUGAUUGGCUGCAUCAUUGGCCGUCAGGGGGCUAAGAUCAAUGAGAUCCGCCAGAUGUCCGGGGCUCAGAUCAAGAUUGCCAACCCAGUGGAGGGCUCUUCUGACAGGCAGGUGACCAUCACCGGCUCCCCUGCCAGCAUCAGCCUGGCUGAGUACCUGAUCAACGCCAGGCUGUCAUCUGAAGCUACUGGACUGGCAGCCAACUGACAUGGAGAAUCUUCAUCAGCACCUGACGUAACCCCCCCUACUUUUUACCGAGAGGUCCCUCAAUAAAGUUAAUGCAAAAACCAAUCCUUUGGUUAAACACCUACCUACUCAGCUGUAAUUACAUCAAGGUAUUUUAUUUAUUUAUUAUGUUAAAUUCCCUUUGCAUAUAGUUUUUUAAAGAUAUUUUUUUGGUGUAUUUAUGUUUUGACCUUGGUAGCCGGGGAAGAAACAUUUUUGGAAAAAUCUGAAAAGGAAUAUGUUUUUUUUUUUUUAUGUCAGAUUUUUCUUAGAAAAUGUAUUUAAAAAAUGAAGGAAAAAAAGACCCAAUAAUAACAAGCUGUUGUGGACUGUUCCUUCCCUGUAUUUGAUGAUUUGUAUUUAUUGUUUAUUUAAUACACACCAGUCCUCCUGUUAGAAUUCACUGAUAUUUACCAUUCUUUAAAGCUGAACUUCCUAAAUGAGGCAUUGUGGGUAAUGGGUAUACGUGGGGUGUAAAUGAUGUACUCUUAAGAUGUAACGAAAGACAAGAUCAGGAACUAAUUGAAAUGUCUCUGAAGUGGGACUAUGAGGAGUGUUUUUAACUGAAUUCUGUCACCUCUUUUAUUUGCUGUAUAAUUAUUUUGUCAUUCCUGUUUUCAUCUGUUUAAAUGUUUUCCUUAUUCAGGACAUUUGAGUGUUGUUGUUGUUGUGUACUGGAUUCUGAUAGGGUGGGUGGGGCAUGGUAACCCGGAGACAACGGGCCAGAGGGAUGAAUUUAUUUUCUCUGAAAUGAUUAAGAUAGAAGAUAAACAUUGAUAACGUUGGAAUAUUUGUUUUGAAUAGAGAAAAUAUUUUUUUUAACUGCAGGGGUGGGAGGGUGCUGCAAGGGGUAAAACAAAACAAUUAUUGCGUGUCUUUAUAGGAUAAGACUUGAGGUAUUCAUUUCAAAUAACUUGAAGGAAGAUUCUAAAAUUAACACUAGUUUCCUGCUAUCUCCUUUGCCUGGAUCAGAUUUAAUUUUUUAUUAUUCUUUGCAGGAUGAAGAAACUCACGUUUUUGUGCACGUUUUCAAACUAUUGUAGAUUCGGGUGCAAACUGAAUUGUUGAAGAACUUCAAUACAUAAAUAAAAAGAUGUGAAAUGCUAAAACUA